CACGCAAAUCACACCACAGGUCAGCGCCACCAGCCCGGGGGGGGGGGGGUAAGCACCGGCCCCCAGGACUGUAAGCGCCACCAGCCUUGGAAAUGAUGUUACAGGUGUGGCAAAUGAGGACACACAGAACUGCUUUGAGUGUGGGCCCUUCGGUGGCAGCAAAGCUUUUACUUAUUUUUUAAAAAGGGCAAGGUUGUCUGGUGCCUUCUCUUAAAUAACUAUAAGCAGACUCGACAAAAACUCAUUUUACAUCAGUAAAAAUGUUUACACUUAAUGACCCUGCAGAGAUGGGAAGAGGGAAUAUUUGGCCCCAAUCUGCUUUCAAGUCCCUUGAGCUCUUCCAUGAAUUUGCUUGAAAAUUACUGGAAAGUGCAGCAGUUCUGGUGUGAACAUUACCAUUUUAAGCAUGAAAAAAAGGAUGUUUAAAAAGUUAUUGUUAAAAAUCUGGUGUAGCAGGAAAAUGUAAUUUAAAUUGGAUGCUGGAAACUCUUUUGAUUCAUAGUUUUUCAAUCCUGACCAGCAAAAAGUGCUGACUCACUGCACAAUAACAAGUGCAGGUUGUAAGUGUGUUGGUUCAAAAGUUCCUAAUGCUCUGAAUAGGUGUCAUUGCUUAGUCUGUUGACAAUUUUCUUGGGAAAGAAGGGUUCUGUAAACAUAGUUUCUAGGAGUAAAAAUACAGAACAAUUGGCAGCUAUCAAACUUUCUCAGUUUUGAAUUUGUUUGUUUGGAAUGAAAUUGUAGGGCAAAUGAAGCAGACUGACAGCAAGGGCAAAUAUCUCUCUUUUCAGCUAAUGUCAGGAAGUAGGUGGAUUUGGGCAGAAGAGAGAAAAUAAGAAAUGUUGUUUAAAAAAUGUCUUUUAUAGCAGCAGUUUCCAAAAUUAGACAAGUGCACAAAGGAAGAAAAGGGUUACCAACUUGGAGCUAAAAAGAGAAAUAAGUGAUUUCUGCGUAAUACAGUAUAGUAAAUCUUCCCUAUUAGACAUUUAAUGAGAAGAGGAAUGUAAAUGUUUUUAAUGAAACUUUUACAGUUGAUUUUUUAAAAGCAUAAUUUAAUAUGAUUAAGGACAAGAAUGCUACCAGAUUGAAUCCCAGAGAUCAAAAAUAUAAAGGGAAUUGGUUUCCUGCUUGUUCCAUUAUUCAUAUUCCACUCUAGGACAUUAUGUAUUAAAUUUAAUGUGGCAUUCAUGAAUUAUGAAAGCAAUUUGCUUAUUUGCAACAGAUUCUCCCAUAGCUUUACUGACUGAUCUAUAAUACCAGAAGUGAACAUGAAAACGAGCACAAGCGUUCAUUGCCAAAUGAAAAUCUUCAGGGUACUCAGAACUCUAAGUGAGUACAAUAGCUUUUAAGACGUAGGAAUGUUGCCCCCCCCCAAAAGAAUUACAGUGGACCAGAUGUACCAGCACAAGGUCUUUGCACCAUUAAAAAGAACGGCACUUUAAUUGAAUGGAAAUGCUUUUAUGUGAUGUUUGGUCCAGAAAUCUGAAAUAACAUUAGUUUAAUUGCCAAUACCUGAAAGUUAUGUCGGAAGCACAAACCAAAUACAGUGCCACAAACCUGUUCUUUGCUUCCCAACAGCUGUGGGAACUGGAGCAUACACUUGCUUAGCCUGAGGCAGGAUUACAAAUGCCUAGGGAGGAAAAUGAAGCUAUAAAAGUUUUUAGGAAGGUGGAGUAGCUGGGAUUGUAGCUUUUCUUUGUCAGACUUGCAGCCCAAAAUCCAGGGCAGAUGGCACUUGCACCUUCCUACGAGAUAUAUGGAGAAACAGUCUCCAGUGGAAAUGGCAUACAAACAGACAUAGAUAAGUUGGUGAAAAACUACCAAGGAGUAAAGAGAGACCAAAGGCCAGUUUCUCAUAGAUCAUGUCUGCAAUCAUUACAGUUUGCUGGAAAAAGACUACUUUGGCAUUCGCUAUGUGGAUCCUGAAAAACAGCGGCACUGGCUAGAGCCCAACAAGGCUAUCUCCAAGCAAAUGAAAUCUCAUCCACCAUAUACCAUGUGCUUUAGAGUGAAAUUCUACCCCCAUGAACCACUGAAGAUUAAAGAAGAACUCACCAGGUACCUUUUAUACCUACAAAUCAAAAGAGACAUUUUCCAUGGCCGCUUGCUGUGUUCAUUUUCUGACGCUGCCUUCCUGGGCGCAUGCAUUGUCCAAGCUGAGUUCGGUGACUAUGAUCCUGAUGAACACUUGGACAAUUAUGUCAGUGAGUUUAAGAUUUUCCCCAAACAAUCCCAAAAGCUGGAGAGAAAAAUACUUGAUAUACAUAAAAACGAAUUCAGGGGUCAGAGUCCAGCUGUUGCUGAGUUUAAUUUAUUAUUGAAAGCACAUUCUUUAGAAACCUAUGGUGUUGAUCCCCACCCUUGCAAGGAUUCAACAGGGACCACAACAUUUUUAGGAUUCACAGCCACAGGUUUUGUUGUUUUCCAGGGAAAUAAAAGGAUACAUUUGCUAAAAUGGUGCGAUGUCUGCAAAUUAAAGUUUGAAGGAAAGACGUUCUAUGUGAUUGGAAUUCAGAAGGAGAAAAAGGCUAUGUUGUCAUUCCAUACCUCUACACCAGCAGCCUGCAAACAUCUCUGGAAGUGUGGAGUGGAGAACCAGGCUUUUUACAAGUAUGCAAAAUCAAGCCAAAUCAAGACAGUGUCAAGCAGCAAAAUAUUUUUUAAAGGCAGCAGAUUUCGAUACAAUGGGAAAGUUGCAAAAGAGGUUGUUGAAGCAAGUUCUAAAAUUCGGAGGGAGCCACCGGAAGUGAACAGAACCAACAUUACUCAGAGUCGCAGCUCUCACUCUUUGAACAAACAGCUCAUAAUUAACAUGGAGCCUCUGCAACCUCUCCUUCCAGCCUCAAAUGAUCAGGAAGAUGUCCUCUCUGAUGAAGGUAUCCAGCUGCCCAAAGAAGAUGAUGUAUCAAUACCUAUGAUAUCUAACUCUCCUGCUAAGGAGGCAGAUGAUAGUUCAGAUCUUUCUAUCGAGGAGGAUGAGAAAAUCAAGGAAGAGCCUUUAACAAUAUCAGAAUUGAUGUACAAUCCAAGUAGCAGCUUGCUCCCCACUCCUGUUAAUGAUGCGGAGAUUGAUCUGCUUUUUCAAACCUCCCCAAGGGCAGAUCAUGAAAAAGAAGAUACAGAUUCAUUUGAGGAACUGGAGGCAGAUGAAAAUGCCUUUUUGGUUGCAGAAGAGGAGGAGCUGAAAGAAGCCAGGAAAGCACUUAGGUGGAGCUAUAACUUUUUGAUGGGCAACAUGAAGAUAAAUGCUGUUCUGAAGAGUUUUUCUAGACUUCUUAUUGUUGGGCUUGGAAUAAUGCUGGUUGUUUUCCCUCUUCUACUUGUGCUCUUGGAAUCAGAUCUUGAUAUCUCCUUCCUCCAUGAAAUCCGCCAGACUCCAGAGUUUCGGCAGUUUCACAUUGAAUAUUACUGUCCUCUUAGGCAUUGGGUGGCCUGCAAAGUAGACUUUGUUAGCCAUUUGCUUGGCAGCUCCUAAACAUUAAGAAUAUGCGACAUGACUAAGGGCUAUAUUCAAAACUAGUGAAUUUCAGUCAGUGCUAGGUGCUCAUAAACAUAUUUAAGGCCAUCUGCAAGUAGUUCUUCAUUUUUAAUCCAUAAUGGACCUAUGAAGUUCUUAAGUUUCCUUUUCAGAAUUGAAUUAUUGAUUUAGCUACAUGGUGGCCUUUCAGUAACCAAAAAGCAGUUAUUUUUUUCUUGCUUGUUUUUAUCAAUGACUGAAUAGAACAGAAAUUUAUCAGCUCUACCAUUACAAGCCAUGAUGUACUAAAUUUAAUUAGCGACAAAAAGAGGGUGAUGCGUUUGAAUAUACUCCUUAGUGAAACAAUCUCCACUAACCAAUGCCUAUACAAGCAAUGUUGAUUGCUGAGGUUUUCUUUCUUGGUUUGAAUUUUCAUUAAAAAAAAUAUUUUUAUGUGUUUACAAAAUUUUGGUAAAUUUUUAGCAAAGUCAACUUCUGAAUAUAUUUAAGUGUACAGAUUACUAAAAUAAAUGCACAAAGGCAUGUCAUGAUUUUAAAAAAUGUUUUAGCAAAGUUUUUUUAAAAAGAUUGAAGAAUGAGGUUCUCAGACAUCUGCACAAGAUGGUGAGUAGAUGAGGGGGAAAGUAGGCAGGGUCUGCUAGAUAGAGUUGAAAUGACAAGUCCAUGUUUCUAAGGUCCAAACUACACAUUGUAAAACAAAAAUGGAAUUCCCUUAUAAUGGCAAUGUCGGGGUUUCUUGCAGGGUUGAAUUAACUGGCAGAAAGAAGGGCUUAAGCCUUCUUAUGCCCAACUGUUCUCUCUUGUACCAUGGUAAUUUUCUUAUGCUCUCCCACCUUGGUAGGCUCCAAGACUCGGAGAUGCCCAGCUAUAUGGGAAAACAGCCUAGAGGGAAAAUAUGCAGGAGAGAAUCUUUAAUUAAGCUCUUCUUUCUGUUCAUUGAUCCUGCCCAGCAAAUCUCUAUCGCCCCUGCAAUCACGUCAGCUGCCAGAUAUAUUGGCUUUCCAAAUGCAUAACGUAUAAUGUGUAGUUCUGUGCUGGCAGUUCUAAAGCUGAAGAGAGGCAAGUACUUUUCAUAAGAUGACAGUUCAGCUAUUCCUGUGGUUCAGCACUUGACUCAAUGGUAAUGAAGGGUCUUUGCAGGGCAGUGGAAGUACAGUUCUGUAAGAGGUUUAGGGAUUAACUGUAGAUUGUUGUACAUAACACAGAAACAUGCAGAUAUAAAAAAACAAAAAGUCUAGGUAGGCCUACUUAAAUAUAUAGAACUUUAAAAUACACUGGUCUCUGAAAACAGAGACAGACUUUAUGAAAUGCAUCCUACCCCCCUGAAUCCCAAGCAUCUAAAGAUGAUUUUCUUAGUUCUUGAUUCCUUUUAUUGCUAUUUAAUCAUGAUGUAUCCCAGAGGUUCUUAGUUCUUGAUCCCACUCAUUACUGUUUGACCAUGAUAAUCCCGAGUCACCAUUUUAUGCUAUUAUUUCUUGUGCAUGCUAACUCUCUUACCUAAUAUAAGUGACAAUGGAUGCACAUAGUUCACUCAUAAAUGUGUCCCUAUGACAGUGGUGUGUGGUUAUCUUUGUUGUCUUGAUGUGCUGGAGGUUUUGCGCCUGUGUAGCUCCAAGUACUGCUAAGAGGCUAUAAAUGCAUAAAACCUCACGUGUGUAGAGAAGAUCAGUAAGUCCCAGUGCCCAACUUUGAAAAACAAAAAACAAAAAUAUUUUGUAUUCUCCAGUUUGGAUAUCCUGAUACAGGAUUCUCCCCCUGUAUCCAACUGUAUCAAUUGCAGGACUCUUGAAGCCAAAAGACUGAUUUUCUGCCAGUAUGAAAAACACAUUAGUUCCAUUACUGCUGUAAGAAUUGCUGCUAUUUAUGAUUUAUGUGGAAUUUAUCAGUGUAUAAAGUACUCAAUUUUUAAAAAUCAUUUCCCCUCACAACAACCUAUUGUGGUAAGGUUAUAAUGUUGUUGUGUAUCAUUUAACCAGUUGAGCCUUCAUAGUGUUUCAUCCAUGAAGAGUGUGAAUGAUGUUUAACAUGUGAAAGCAGCACAAUCUAAGUCACAACUGAACGUGAUUAAGCCCUUCUUAUUCAUCUGCAACCCAUGGGUGCUCAACUGCACAUCAGAUGGUGUCUGUAAUUUGCCCAAUGAAGGUUUAAUGAUUCUUUCCUGGGGAAACAUCAGGCACUCUGGUGAAGCUUCAUGUAUAUUCUCGAGCUCCAGAGAAUGUAAGUACCGGUAGCUGUUGGAUCAGGAGGUAAAACUGCAAUUUGUUUCCUCUUUUUGUGCAGCUGGCUACUUUAGAGGGGGGGGGCAAUUUACAUUUGCUUGGCCCCUAUCCCUUUAAAAGGUAUCAGACAUCUUUUUAGAAUAACCUUUUAAUAACAUUUUCUCAACAGUAACUAUCUGCUGUUCUCUGCCUCUCCUAAACAGUCAGUUCCAUUGCAAACAGUUGCUGAUUAAUAGUUUUUAGUGCAUAUUUAAUUCUUUAACCAUUCUUUAACAACUCCUAGCUGAAUCCUUUCUGUUGAAACAGAAAUCCACUUAGGACACAUUUUAGCCACUAUGGUGAUAGAAUUUGGCGAUACAGACUUUGCAUAUAGUGUACUAAAAUAAAACCAAGUUCUAUUCUGAGUCCUACAGAUAUAUAAAUUUACUGAGCCCCUUAAUUAUAAUCACUUAAGUUCCUGGCUUCUAAAAUGUAGUCUUGUUGAUGUCAUAGAGCUCCAGGAACAUUAGAAACAUUUGUUUGUAUGAUUUGAUUAGGGGAGGGUUGGGUUGCAUGAGGAACAGAUUACCUCAGAGAAUGGACUGUGCAAUAAGGACACAUGUAGGGUUACCGUAGAAGAUGCAAGUGCUUGUACAUGAAUGUCUAGAUGUAUAUACACAUCCUUGAUCCUGUAGAGCUUUCCCAAGGUGAAUUCUAUGGAAUUAUGGACACACCUUUUCUACAUAACAGAGAGAACCAAGAAGCUGGGAGAGUGUGUAUAUAAUCAACAGCAUGUACUGCAUAGACUGAAGCAAAAUCUUGUUUCCAGUACUGGAAAUGUCUGGCAUAUGAAGAGUCCAUAGGUACAGUAUUGUGUAUUUCUGUCUGUGCUUGGAAUAUAUUGUAAAACAUUAUGUACUUGAAAUCUAUUUUGUGAUUUGUCUAAUAUUUAUAAACACAACUCUGGGAUGAAUUAAAUAGGGUUUAUUUCGUUAAAUGCAAACACACACAAAAAUCUAGGGGGAAAUGUACCUGUAAACCUGGGCCUUAUCUUUGUAAAGUUCACAUUUCUAUGUCAACAUCUUGAUUGUUUUAUAUGUUACUAUAAUGACAGGAGUCCCUAAUAAAAGUAUGUUUAAAAAAAGCCAUUCUUAAAUGUUAUGCUCCUUAUUGUGCAAUAAAGUUCUUUGCAGAAGGA